CCCCGCCCUACGGCCAGGGUUAGGUUGCGGCGCGGGCGGCGGGCGGAGCUGGUCCCGUUGUGCUGCGGCUCCGCGCGGCCUGCAGUCCCGGGCCCGCGUCCCGCGCCCAGCGCCGCCCGCCCGCCCGCCAUGGAGUCCGGCCCCGACGGCCCUGACGCCUCCGGCCCCGCCACCAUCCGCGAGGGCUGGUUCCGUGAGACGUGCAGCCUGUGGCCGGGCCAGGCCUUGUCGCUGCAGGUAGAGCAGCUGCUCCACCAUCAGCGCUCGCGGUACCAGGAUAUCCUCGUUUUCCGCAGUAAGACCUACGGCAACGUGCUGGUGCUGGAUGGCGUCAUCCAGUGCACGGAGAGGGACGAAUUCUCCUAUCAGGAGAUGAUCGCCAACCUGCCUCUCUGCAGCCACCCCAGCCCCCGAAAGGUGCUGAUCAUCGGGGGUGGUGAUGGGGGUGUCCUUCGGGAAGUGGUGAAGCACCCCUCCGUGGAGUCUGUGGUCCAGUGUGAGAUUGAUGAGGAUGUCAUCCAAGUCUCUAAGAAGUUUCUGCCUGGCAUGGCCAUCGGCUACUCCAGUUCAAAGCUGACCCUCCAUGUAGGCGAUGGUUUUGAGUUCAUGAAACAGAACCAGGAUGCCUUUGAUGUUAUCAUCACUGACUCCUCAGACCCCAUGGGCCCUGCUGAAAGCCUCUUUAAGGAGUCCUAUUACCAGCUCAUGAAGACAGCCCUCAAGGAGGAUGGCAUUCUCUGUUGCCAGGGUGAGUGCCAGUGGCUGCACUUGGACCUCAUCAAGGAGAUGCGGCAGUUCUGCAAGUCCCUCUUCCCAGUGGUGGCCUACGCCUACUGCACCAUCCCCACCUACCCCAGCGGCCAGAUUGGCUUCAUGCUGUGCAGCAAAAACCCGAACACCAACUUCCGGGAGCCGGUGCAACAGCUGACACAGAAGCAGGUGGAAAAGAUGCAGCUGAAAUACUACAACUCAGAUGUGCACCGGGCAGCCUUUGUACUGCCCGAGUUUGCCCGAAAGGCCCUGAACGAUGUGAGCUGAGCCUAGGACCACCCAGGACCUGGAACCAGGGAGCCUCCAAGGUGCCUGGGCCCUCCAGCCCCAGACCAGACCUGCCAGCUGCCACCCACCAACCAAGUGUUACAGGCCCCAGGAUGCUGGGUGGACUGUGUGUCUCUCUGGGGCAUCCAGCCUCCAUGCCUAUACCAGCUGUGUACAGCACCUCUCUUUGCCUUUGUUCCCCCUCAUUCACCAAACACGUGUAUUUAUAACAAAGUUUGGAAUCCCGUGUUCCCUGACCUUGACUGGGCCCACACAGAGGCCACAUCAGCCAUCUGGUUCUCCUGGGUGUAGGUCUGCAUGGGCCCUGGUAUCUGGCCUACAAGUGUCUGCUGAGAGGCUAAACUAUGGCAGGGCCUUCCCUGUGUAGCCUUGGGCCCACCCUUUGACUUGUGGCACAGAGGGACAUGGCAGUCAUCAAACUGGACCCAAAUCUGUCCUGGAAAGCUGGUCAUUCCUUUACCAAGUCCCUCCCAAGGCCACAGUGAAAGCCCCUACCCAGGGUCAGAGAUAGGGAUUGUAAAGAUCAGGGUGAGGCUGCCUCAGAGUAUCCUGAGAAAACGGCCACUAAGAAGAUUAAGAAUACCACCCAGGUAUUCUAGGGUGGGUGCUGGAGGAGACCCAGAAAGUCAGGAUGGGAAGCUGAACCCUGGUCCAGGUGACAGAGUGCCCUGACUCCUCAGCGUUCAGAGCUGGUUCACAUCUUGCCUGUCCCACUCAUGGGUACCCUCUGGCAAAUUCCUAGCAACCCCCUUCCCAUGUGGAACAGGCUGAGAAAGCAGGUUGGGUGGCCACUGCAUGGAGACAGUGCUGUCCCCUCUCCAAGGUGCUGAACUGCCAGUUUCUGGUUCUCCAGGGACCUCGCCCCGUCUUGGAAGACCCAUUACCAGGACCUGGUGUAGGGAAGGGGUGGCCUCCAGCCCAUUCCCACCUUACAGGGGAUGGCAGGCAAAAGACCUUUCUGGAAAGGCGGCAGUUGCCAGCCCCUUUCUCCACUCUGAGCAGGGCUGAGCCAACCUGGGAGUUAACCUGAGAGUGAGGGCCCUGGCUCAGCUGGGAAUGAUCCUCAGGUGUCUGGAAUAACGGGGGAGGAGGGGAGCGAGGUCCAGCUUUUUCACCAACUCUCCCUCCCACCUGGCCCACCCCACCCCACAAGUAUGUUCAGGCCUAUGACUCAGCAGAUCUGACCUCUGGCUCACCUCCAUUACACCCCUAACCCUGGGGCAGUUUACAGUGGGCUGGGGCGCUGGCAUCUGCUACAAGGUCUCCCCACCUGCAGGGGGGCCUGAGGGGAGCCAGUGGGAACCAAGGGAGGCCUGGCAGGGCCGUGCACUAGCUCUGUGGAGGGACCGGGCAUCCUAAUCUUCACAACCACCUGUGAGGAAGGGACAUUACCACAAAACUGACCCGCAGCUGGGGCCACUAACCCCAGCCUGGGCCCAGCAGCCUCUACAGUUCAGCUCUGACAGCCUGGGCAGGGACAAUCUCUCCAAACAACUGUCACCAGCCCAGAGCAGGUCCAUCUGGAUGGUUGAGGCCAAAAAGGUUCACACUGGAUUUGGAUAAACAGAAAAAGAAUGGAGGAGCCAAAGGCCACUGUGACAUGCCCUUUAUCUGAGGGCCUUUCCCCAGAAGCCAGACCUGGUAGUAAAUCUCAACACAGCCUCCUGUCAACUCUGUGACCUGGAGUCACUCAGCUCCCAUCCACAUGGUAAGAUGGUGGCCGAGGCUUGCCUGUUAACAAAGCUUCAAUUAGAAGCACGUGUGAUAAUCAGGAUCACCUGUCAGGGCUACGCAGGCAGGGAGCUGGCGCCCUGGUUGCAGAAACAGCUGGAGACCAUUUGCAACCCUGAGUGCAGUGACCUGGAGGUUGAACUUGCCUGCAGCUGCUGCCAUGCACAAUGCCCGCACUCCUCAAAGGGAUCUGCAUUGGGGAUGAGCCCUGAAUCCCACGUCUGGCUGGUCUACUGAGGAAGCAGCAGCUUAGGUGAGGACAUGACCUGAGUCCCCCUCAAGUCCCAGAAACCUUGGAGGGGGCUGUGAACAGGCCCCAUUUAUGGUACCGGGAAUAAAAUCAAUCCUAUCUAGUUUUUUUUUUUUCCAUUUCAUGUAUUUAUCAAAAUUCCUUAUGCUCCUGGU